CCUCCCCGCGCUGCACCGCGCCGAGGGCACAGCAAGAUGAAGACCGACCUGGAGCUCGCCUUGGAGUGCGCCAUCAACAUCUACCACCAGUACGCCGUCAAGAAGCCCCUGGACGACUACCUGGACAGCGGGGAGUUCAGGGCGCUGCUGACGGAGAGCGCCCAGCCCUUCCUCGCCAACACCAAGCCGCCUGGCCUGGACGUCAAUGUCUACAUCGACCAGCUCUUUGCCAAAGCUGACCGCAACCGUGACGGUCGCCUGAAGUUCACCGAGUUCCUGACCACGUUGACUCUCAUAGUCAUUGAAGCCCAUAAGAGGUCCCACCAGCAUCCUGAUGAGCCUGGCCAUGGCCAUGUCCAUGGCCAAGUCCAUGGCCAUGACCACGGCCACUGA